UGACAGAAGCAGCUGACUCGCUGACUGGAGUCGCAUUGGUUGCAUUGUCGCGUAGUCAGCUGUACUUUAUUGUUUUAGCUGUUAGGUUAACGUCCCGUUAAUUAACGAAGUAAUGUUGGGGAAAAUAAAAACGAAGCAAGAGAAAAGCGGAGAGAUCAUCGCAUAUAGCGAAACGGCGGUUGCAAACAAUGCCGCGGUUGUAGAAUAUUGUAAGAUCUCGAUGGCAGCUCUGUCGGGUGGUACAGCUGGACUGCUAGGAUUGACUGGGUUGUAUGGGUUUGGAUUUUACAUCUUUGCCGUUUUCGGAUUAUGGGCGAUGCUAUUGAUGAAGGCUGGUGGCCAGUGGAGGAAAUAUUUCAUUAGCAGACGGCAUCUCUUAACCAGCGGGUUCUUUGGGGGGCUUUGCACAUACGUAUUAUUCUGGACAUUUUUAUAUGGAAUGGUUCACGUCUAUUGAGCAGGAAAAGGGCAGACGCCUUGCAGCAGAUGUGACGUCACACAAUUAUUUAAAUACGUGAAAUUGCGUAAUUAUUAUCAUAAGCCAGUCAUUGUAUUUAUAUUAUUUAAGUUUUUCUCGAAUAUAUUGACCAAAAUAAACGUGAAGCGUUCACGUGAUGUUAUACAAGUAUGUCGAUAUGUAUAUAGAAUACACUUUUCAUUAAAACAUUUGCAGCAUU